AAUAAGAAAUGAUUUAUAAUUCCUCCCAUCUCUUCCUCUGUCGCUUGUUGUUCGUUACCGACGCUUAAUGGACUCCGCCAAGUCUAACACUAGCAGUCUUCGACCCUGCCAUGGCAGCGCCAGCGACGAUUUCGAUUCCUACACCAACUCCACCGACGGCUCCGCCCUCCGGCCACCGCCGCCCUCCUCUUCCUCCCGCCAUAACCUCCUCUUGGAUUCACAGCUCCCCACCCGCCUCGAAUUUACUGAUUUCACCUCCACCCUCGCACCCGGCGGCCUAUUAUGGCCGGCGCAGCAUCCCGACCGCUCCGUCACCGCCAAGAAGAGGACGAGGGCUUCUCGGCGGGCGCCGACCACGGUGCUGACGACCGACACCAUGAACUUCAGCGCCAUGGUGCAGGAGUUCACCGGCAUCCCGUCUGCCCCCUCCGCCGCCGCCCGCCCUCGACUCGACCUGUUACAGUGCCUCUACUCUGAUCCACCACCACCUCCGCCGCCGGCCUCGUAUCUCCAUCGACUCGCUUCUUUGAGCCCCAACUCCUGGGAUCAAUAUGCUCGUUUAAACUCGCACUUGCAAAAUCCAACCUUCACAUCCCAAUCUCCGGUUCGAGCCAAGAACAUCCGCAGGCCUGCGACGGCCGUGCCGCCGACCGGCAACGAGACGAGGCCUCAAGGAGACAGAGCCAGCAGUUCGCCGGAGUUCGCGAAUACUAAAGCAGAGGAGGGCAGAGCCAGCACGGGUGGAUUCGUGGAUUUCGAAUGAGUUAAUUCUUCGUUAAUAAUUAAGUUAAAUCCAAAAUUGAUCGAUCAGUGGCUGCAACUGCAGUUGAUUAACGCCGGAAGGACUCUUACGCACGUCGGAUAUGAAGUCACUGUGAUCUUAUUUUAUCAUGCGCAAAUAUUUCUAUAAUUUUGUCAUUUUCAAUUUCAUGUACCUCUUACCGAUUAAUUCUUAAUAUUAGAUUAUGUAGUUAGAUAUAUUCCAAUCUCCUUCCUCAAGCAAGUUACAACAAUAAAAUUUCCACGUGAGCUUUCCUCAUCUUCUAAUUUUUC